AGCUAAAGUUGAAUUCCACGUCUUAUUAGGCAGUAAUAAUGUCUUCAAGCCAUAGUGAUGAAGAAAAGUCAAGCAAAAUAGAAGAGGAUGAAGAAAAUCAACCUGAUGCAAGCCAAACUGAACAAGCUGCUGAAGAAAGGCAAGCAGAGAAUGUGUCUGUUUCAACUCAGACGAUACGAGAAGUGGAAGGAGUUCCAUUUAUCGAUGUGCCAUCAACUUCGAGUGCUCCAAUUGAAGAAAGAGUACUCCGAGGAAGCAAACGUAAGGCUAGUGACCUUGAGAGUGAAGCACGAGAAAUUAAACGUCAAAAAGGAAACCCUGGAGUUACUGAGAAAGAAGGCCCUGAGAAUGUAAAGAUGCCUGCGUACCUAAAGCCAGGCCUACCACCUGCCAGAUAUAUGUCAGACGAAGAAAUGGAGGACAUAUUUUCUCCAACGCGGCCAACACCAAAAUUGGAGGUGUUGGAAAAAUCUAAGAGGAUUUCGGAAUCUAACCAAGCAUCUGCACGUAAUGCUCGUACAACUGAAGAAAACAAUCCACCUCCUGCAUCCACUACAAGAUCAACUAAUCGUUGGAGGGGUAUGGUCAUGAGAAUACGCCUAGUAAGAGCAGUAAAGGAAGACAGUGGAAGUAAAGAAAGACAGAAGCCUUCCGGUGAUGAGAAGUCCGACAGUGAUGAGAAGUCCGACAGUGAUGAGAAGUCCGACAGUGAGGAGAGGACUUCCAGUGACGACGAAUAA